CUGGUAUGCAGCAAAAUCAAAAGCCAAGUUCAAGAUACCAUUGAAAGGCAAAAUCAACCAUACAUUCUACACAGAAUCUCUCUUUUUCAUUUUUUUUUUAUUUCAUUUUCCUUUUCAAUCCCAUUUUUUCCUCUAUAUAAUCAAACCCAGUUCUGCCGUCGCUUCUCACAGCAAUCCACAGAACCCUUUCAUUUUUAGCUCUCUCUCUCUCUCUCUCUGUUCAGCAAUGACUCCUAGCUUAAGCAAAGCUAGUUCCGGCGCUGCAGGUCUGGUUGAGCCCUAUAUCCAGUCCGCCAUCUCUCUUCAUGGAUCAAACUUCACUGCCAACGGCCAUGUCUUUCUCUCCGACGUCCCUGAGAAUAUCACAGUCACUCCCUCUCCUUAUACUCAAACAGACAAAUCUUUAUCCACCGUCGGAUCCUUCAUUGGGUUCGACUCCAUGGAAGCCAAGGAUCGUCAUGUUGUCCCCAUUGGGAAACUCAAGAACAUACGGUUCAUGAGCAUUUUCAGGUUCAAGGUCUGGUGGACUACCCACUGGGUCGGCUCCAAUGGCAGAGACCUUGAAAAUGAAACCCAGAUGGUUAUUCUCGAUAAGUCGUCUGAUUCUGGUCACCGGCCCUAUGUUCUCCUUCUUCCUCUUCUUGAAGGUCCAUUCCGGGCCUCCCUCCAACCUGGAGACGACGACAAUAUCGAUAUUUGCGUCGAAAGUGGCUCCACCAAAGUCUCCGCCACCGGAUUCCGGAGCAUUCUUUACAUGCAUGUCGGUGAUGAUCCUUUCAAGCUGGUGAAGGAAGCGAUGAAGGUGGUUAGGCAUCAUUUGGGUACUUUCAGGCUGUUGGAGGAAAAGAAUCCGCCUGGAAUAGUGGACAAAUUUGGGUGGUGCACUUGGGAUGCAUUCUAUCUUACCGUGCACCCUCAAGGCAUUAUGGAAGGUGUUAAGGGUCUCGUCGAAGGUGGGUGCCCACCUGGUCUGGUCUUGAUUGAUGAUGGGUGGCAAUCUAUCAGCCACGAUGAGGACCCAAUCACCAAAGAAGGUAUGAACCACACGAUCGCCGGCGAGCAAAUGCCAUGCAGGCUACUGAAAUUUCAAGAGAAUUACAAGUUCAGAGACUACAUGAGUGCCAAAAGCUCCGCCACUGGUGCCACUAACAAGGGCAUGAGUGCCUUUAUCAAGGACCUUAAAGAGGAAUUUAACACCGUGGACUAUGUUUACGUGUGGCAUGCACUGUGCGGUUACUGGGGUGGUCUCAGGCCAAAUGUCCCCGGACUUCCAGAAACGACGGUGAUAAAGCCAAAACUAUCACCAGGAUUGCAGUUGACGAUGGAGGACCUGGCGGUAGACAAGAUCGUCCACACUGGAGUUGGGCUGGUCCCGCCGGAGAAGGUUGAUGAAAUGUAUGAAGGUCUACACUCGCACUUGGAAGCCGUCGGAAUUGACGGCGUCAAAGUGGACGUUAUCCACUUGUUGGAAAUGGUUUGUGAAAACUAUGGAGGGAGAGUAGAUCUGGCAAAGGCAUAUUUCAAGGCAUUAACAGCUUCAGUAAGGAAGCAUUUCAAUGGAAAUGGUGUAAUUGCUAGCAUGGAGCACUGCAACGAUUUCAUGUUCCUUGGAACGGAGGCCAUUUCUCUUGGUCGUGUUGGUGAUGAUUUUUGGUGCACUGAUCCAUCUGGGGAUCCAAAUGGUACAUUUUGGCUUCAAGGGUGUCACAUGGUGCAUUGUGCUUACAAUAGCUUGUGGAUGGGCAAUUUCAUACACCCAGAUUGGGACAUGUUCCAGUCUACUCAUCCUUGUGCUGAGUUUCAUGCUGCUUCUAGGGCAAUUUCGGGUGGUCCGAUUUAUGUUAGUGACUCGGUCGGAAAGCACAACUUCCAGUUACUUAAGCGUUUAGUUUUGCCGGACGGGUCGAUUCUCCGAUGCCAAUACUAUGCUCUUCCAACUAGAGAUUGCCUCUUUGAGGACCCUCUCCAUGAUGGCAAGACCAUGCUCAAAAUUUGGAACUUCAAUAAGUUCACAGGAGUUAUUGGUGCAUUUAACUGCCAAGGAGGAGGUUGGUGCAGGGAGACAAGAAGGAACCAAUGUGCCUCCCAAUUUUCUCAUAGUGUGACUACCAAAACCAAUGCUAAAGAAAUUGAAUGGAACAGUGGCAAGAACCCAAUCUCCAUUGAAGGAGUUCAAGUAUUUGCCAUGUACUUAUCCCAAGCAAAGAAGCUCAUUCUCUCCAAGCCACAUGACAACAUUGAAAUAUCACUAGAACCAUUUAACUUUGAACUCAUCACUGUCUCUCCGAUUAUAAUUCCAGAAGGAAAAUCAAUUCAAUUUGCACCCAUUGGCCUAGUGAACAUGCUUAACGCCGGUGGUGCAAUCCAGUCGUUGGCCUACAGCGAUACCGGCAACUCCUUCCAAAUUGGAGUGAAGGGUGCCGGAGAAAUGAGAGUAUUCGCUUCGGAGAAGCCAAGAAGUUGUAAAAUUGAUGGAAGAGAAGUUGGAUUUGAGUAUGAGGAGUGCAUGGUUAUAGUUGAAGUGGCAUGGUCCACUUCCUCUGGUGUGUCCAUAGUUGAGUACUUGUUUUAGUAAGGAGAGCUUAAUGGACUUGUGAUUAUUGCUAUUAUCCUCCUCCUCCUCUAAACUAAGUGGAAGUGAGUAUCUACGUUGUAUUUUUUUUUUUUGAAGAAAUAUCUACGUUGUAUUAAAAGCUUUUUUAUUAUAAUAAAGUUGUAAUUAUUAUAUUUUUUUAA